GUCCGUACUGUUAAGAUUGGCUUCCAAAAAUCAUCCACACAACUCUUAAAUCCUCUGUCAGAAAUGCAUGGAUAACGUCUUCUGCUGUAAGACAUCUCACAAUGAUGAAGACAAUUUGUGCAGCCUUUGUGCUCCUGAUCCAAACAUUACUAUGUUUGGCUUCUGACGAUUCACCAUUUCAACUAACAAACAAGGCCACUGGUGUUUGUCUGGUUAGAACAAGUACCAACGAUUGCAGUGACAUACGCUGGACAACUGGUGAUCGACUCAUGGAUCCACAAAGGAAAAAGUGCCUGGGAGUCCAAGGGAAAAGUGUGGGCAGUGAAAUAAGCUUCUACGAUUGCGAUGAAAAUAGUGAACUCCAAAAGUGGGAAUGCAAGAAUGAGACCGUGCUCGCCCUCAAAGGCCAAGAGCUUUACAUUGAGCUCAAGGCAGAUAACACAGCUGCUCUCUCCAGAACAACAGGACCCAAUAGCCACUUCAUUAUUUCAGGGAUGUCCAAUGGCGCUUGCACAAGAACAUACAGAGAAUUUUAUGCCAUUGGUGGAAAUGCAGCUGGGAUGCUGUGCAUGUUUCCCUUCAAGUACAAUGACCAGUGGUACUCAGAUUGCAUUUCAGCCGGCCCCACACAACCACAACUUCGGUGUGCGGUUGAAACAAAAUUUCAAAGCCAGCGCUGGGGAUACUGUCCAGUUACUUCCAAAGAUGGCUGGAAUAAACACCCAACAACAGGAGCGUAUUACCAGCUCAACACACAGGCAGUUAUGACUUGGUCCCAGGCUGAAACCAGCUGCAAACAGCAGGGUGCCUCCCUGCUUAGUAUCACCGAUCCUCACGAGCAGGCUUAUAUCAUAGCAAUACUCGGGGUAAAUGGCAAUAAGCUUUGGACUGGGCUGGUUCUGGAUCCAGAACAUGGAUGGAAAUGGACAGAUGGGAGGCCCUACCGCUACUUGAAAUGGGACUCAGGUUAUCCACAGGAUACUCCAGGACAUAACUGUGCCAUUCUUGAUCCUGCUGUACAAUACUCCUGGCAAAGUUCACCUUGCAGCAAGAAGCUUGGGUACAUCUGCUACAGUAAAGCAGCUGAGGAAGUGCCUACACAAGCUCCUGAGGCAGGAUUUUGUGCAAAACCUUGGAUUCCUUACAACGGCCACUGUUUCCACCUCAAUCGGACUAAGAAAACAUGGACUGAUUCUCAGAGAGACUGUCGUGAUGAAGGAGGAGACCUUGUCAGCAUCCGUAAUUUGGAGGACCAAAGCUUUAUCAUCUCUCAACUUGGAUACGAAUCCAAUGAUGAGCUUUGGAUUGGGCUGAAUGACAGGAAGACCGAGGGGCUGUUUGACUGGAUCGAUCACUCUACUGUCAGUUUCACUAGCUGGGAAUUUGGGAGACCUCUUGUGCACACCGAUGUAAACGACUGCAUUUUCAUCAAGGGAGAGAAUGGGAACUGGGCUGACGGUUCAUGUGGGGAGAAACGCGGCUUCAUUUGCAUGAAGAUGAGUCGUUCAAGACCCACUGGAGAUGAAGUGGUGCAGAAUGUAGGCUGCAAAGCUGGCUGGAGAAGACACGGCUCGUACUGCUACUUCACUGGAGAACAAACUAAAACUUUCGAUGAAGCUAAAGAUGGCUGCAAGAGUUUAGAGUCUUACUUAGUUGAUGUUACAAAUGGGGUGGAUAAUGCGUUCCUUAUCAGCUUGGUGGGGUUGAGACCUGAGAAAUACUUCUGGCUUGGCCUCUCAAACCAGAAAAACAUUGAUCAAUUUGUGUGGACCAACACAGACACAGUGAGAUUUACUCACUGGAACGCUGAAAUGCCAGGUAACCAACAGGGAUGUGUUGCUAUGAAAACUGGGAUUUUUGCUGGCCUCUGGGAUGUGCUACCCUGCACCAAUAGGCAGAAGUACAUCUGCAAACACUUGGCAGAGGGGGCAGCGGUAACCCCUGCACCACCAACUCUUAUUCCUCCUAAAUGCCCAGACGGCUGGACUAACAUUGGACCAAGAAAUUACUGCUUCAAGAUCUAUAGAUUCUCUUCGUCAUCGUCAUUGUCAUCUACAAAAAAGAGGACCUGGUAUGAAGCCAGAGAUUUCUGCAGGGCCAUCGGAGGAGACCUGCUCAGUAUCCACAAUGAAGCUGAGCUACAAGCGCUCCCGCAACGUUAUGAUUCAGCCUGGAUUGGACUCAGUGCCCCCGACCCACUCACCGGCUAUACAUGGAGUGAUGGAUCCCCACUGCAGUUCAAACACUGGGAGGAAGGAGAGCCAAACAAUAAAAACAAUGUAGAAUCUUGUACUGAAAUGAAAAUUCAUAAAAAGGAUAGGGGUGGGUCCUGGAAUGAUGUGCACUGUGAGACGUACCUUGGAUGGAUAUGCCAGAUCCGUGCAGGAUUAAUUCCAGAGCCAACUCCAGCCGAUGUCACUCCUGACUACAAUACAACUUCAGAUGGUUGGCUAGAAUGGAACGGGAAUCAGUAUUAUUUUAACAGACGGUCAAUGGCCAUGGAAGAAGCUCGUCACUACUGCCAACAGAAGCAUAGUGACUUGGUAUCUAUCACCACUGAAGCUGAAGCUGUCUUUGUAUGGAAACAGAUAACCAAAUCUUAUGGGAGUUUCUGGAUAGGCCUGACUGUUGAUUUUGAUAAAACAUAUGGGUGGAUGGAUGGUUCUCCAGUGGCGUUUCAGAGGUGGGAUGAAAACCAACCUGAUUUUCAGAACAAUGAUGAGAACUGUGUUGCCAUGACUACCUCGAUGGGGUUCUGGCAUGAUUAUACCUGUGGCAUGGAGUUCAAGUCAAUUUGUAAACGCAGUGAGUCGCCACCUGUCAAUACCACUGUAGCACCAACAGUUCCCCCAAAAGGUGGCUGUCGACAAGGCUGGAAAAAAAUUGACACAAAGUGUUACAAAGUCAUAACUGACCAGAAGGAGAAAUGGGACGAUGCAAGGACAAAAUGCAAAUCAAUGGGAGGAAAUCUUGCAACAGUUCUCUCACAACAAGUGCAAGUGUUUUUAACAGCUACAAUGGUUGAGGCACCUACCAUAGACCUGUGGAUUGGUUUGCAUAAUUCAAAAGGUGGUUCGUUUUACUGGACUGUAGGGAAACCAGUACGAUACACCAACUGGGGCACUGUAAACCGCCAUGAAAGCUUCAGACCCUAUCACCACCAUCAUCGUUUUGCGAUGCACUACCACGACCACUAUAUGUUUGAUGACUUUGAGCCGGAUUAUGGUCUUGGUCAUUACACACUUUCACAGAGACAGUGUACUGUGAUGACUACCGAUUCCAAAGUGGGUAUUGGAAAAUGGCUAAAAAAGUCCUGCAAUGAUACCAAUGGAUAUAUCUGUCUUCAAGAUGUUGACCCUGCUGUUCCAGACACCCCUGAACCAAUAACUACAAACUAUGUUCAAAUAUUUAAUGACUCUAUCAAGGCUGGUUCUCAACAAAUGAACUGGUAUGCAGCCAGGAAAUACUGUGAGGGUGAGGGUGCAAAAUUGGCCAGUAUGCGAAAUAAGUGGUCACAGAUCUACAUCGAGAUGCUGGCUUUGAAGCUCAACUCCUCUGUGUGGAUUGGAAUAAACAAAAAUCAGACAGGUGGAUAUUACAAAUAUGUUGAUGGCUGGCGUCUUGAGAUAACUAAUUGGGAUUACGGCGAACCACGUUCACAACCAUGUGUGCUUGUAAAUAAGAAUGGGAAAUGGUCCACGGCUGACUGCAAUCAGAACGCGACCAGCAUUUGUAUGAAGACUACAGAUGUGGCACCGACAGAGUCAAGCGAAUUUCCAGGAUUUUGCCCCGAGGACCCAGAAACACCCAGAUACACAAGACAAACUUUCACCUGGCUGCCAUUUAGGAAGCAUUGCUACCUGUUUUUCACAGAAAAGGUUCAGUGGCCAGUUGCAUCUACUAACUGUCAGAAACAUGGUGCAGCUCUGGUCAGCAUUGAAGAUCCCUUUGAGGAAGACUUCAUUAAAAGCAAUAUUCAAUUAUAUAAAGACAAUGAAAACUCUUUCUGGAUUGGCUUGUAUAAAACUCACAAAGGUUUGUGGCUGUGGUUUGAUAAAGCCGUCAUGGACUACUCUAACUGGCGUGGAAAUGAACCUAGCAGUGGCGAUUAUGGAAUGAUUAGUUCUUAUGAUGGGACAUGGAGUUCAGGCAGACGGUGGUAUGACAGAGGUUAUAUCUGCAAAACCAACAAAAUAUUACGAGCAGCACCACCAACUGUUCCUCACGUGGAUCCUCAAACCCGUGGCCGCGUAGUUCUGCCAGUUGUGUUGGUCAUUACUGCGAUCAUCAUCGGGACAGCCAUCGCCUUGUUUCUCUUCAAGAAGUCUGGCCGCCGCUUACCUAUCCCUGAAAAGUUAACUACCUUCGAUAACCCACUCUUCUUCAACAAUGAGCGGCACCGGUCUGAAAUGGUUGACACCAAUAAAUUGGUAGCAAAUGCAGAAGAGGAGAACCCUGGGCCAGUUGUAACUGUGUGAUGUAAAUACCAGCAGAAUAUAUCAGGUCAUACAAUGUAUUUUUGGCAGAAGGUUGAUGCCAUUCUCAUUUAGAUUACCAAUUUAAUUUAAGUUUCAAUGCGCUUGUCAAUAAUUAGCCUUAAUGAACAAAACAAAAUUGAAGCCGUAGGAUUUUUUCUUUUACAUACAAAUAUCUUUCUGUAAUAAUUUGAAAAUUGUUGAAUUGUACAUUUUGUAACAUGAAUGUUACCAUGAAUCGUUAACGUUAAAAAGAUAUAACAUGUUCCUACUGGACGAUAGUACGAGUUAGGAUGGACAUCCUUCACGUCAAGUCUCGUGGAAGAGAACAACUGUAUAAAAAGAUGCUGUAAAUAACAAUGCAUGGACAUCUACAUUGAAUGUUAGGUUUGACUUUUUAACAGUGAAGGCUCAGAGGUUUUAUUGAAGUGCUUAGCUUUACUUACUUUAAGUAAUGUCUUUAAUUUGCUACUGUAGAGUGUUUACACUUUUAGUCGACUUACACAAGAAUCCUGUCAUUUUAUAUCUGCUUGUUGUGCUUGCUGCUUAUUUUUCAAGGUUUCUCAUGAAAAAUAAAACAAUGAGCAGUGA